UUUACUUAAAAAGGAACUGAAAGAAAAAAGGAAUUGAUGCAGAGAAGGUACUAGUUUAGUGUCACGAAAAUAACCCGCAGACGCAAACGUGAAAACACAGACAAGACGCAUACGUCCGUCUCAACGUGUUUGAGAUUAUAAAGACUUAGUGGAAGGGUAAGCUGAAGUUGAAGAGUUGAGGGGAAAACAAGCAGUGAAGGAGGUUGAGGUACUCAAUAAAGUUUUGAUUUGUUUGAAUUGGGGGGCUUGUUGCCAAUGUUGGAUACAGUUGUAUGUGCUAGAAACAGUCAACAGUCGCUUCAUAAGAUCCUCUUUUGUUUUCUGAUCCUUGUUCUCAUCUUAGGUGAAGUUGACAUUCUAGUAGUGGAAAGGGCCAGAGUCGAGAUGAUUAUAUAUGUUUGAUUUGCCUCUACACACUGGCAAUCCUUAGGUCUGACAGAUGGCUUUUUAUAAUGAAGAAGAGAAGACUGAAGACUACCUCUUCAAGAUUGUUUUAAUUGGUGAUUCAGCUGUAGGGAAAUCAAAUUUACUUGCACGAUUUGCCAGAGAUGAGUUUUAUCCUAAUUCAAAGUCAACUAUAGGAGUAGAGUUUCAAACUCAGAAGAUGGAUAUUAAUGGGAAGGAAGUUAAAGCACAGAUAUGGGACACUGCUGGGCAGGAGAGGUUCAGAGCUGUUACAUCUGCAUAUUAUAGGGGUGCAGUUGGAGCUCUUCUGGUGUAUGAUAUCAGUCGGCGCCAAACGUUUGAUAGCAUAGGCCGAUGGCUUAAUGAACUUCACACUCACUCUGACAUGAACGUUGUGACAAUACUUGUUGGGAACAAGUCAGAUCUUAAAGAUGCAAGGGAGGUGGCUACCGCGGAAGGCAAGGCCUUAGCUGAGGCACAGGGUUUGUUCUUCAUGGAGACAUCAGCUCUUGAUUCAUCAAAUGUAGCAGCUGCUUUUGAAACUGUUGUAAAGGAGAUUUACAACAUCCUAAGUCGGAAGGUUAUGAUGUCUCAAGAGCUCAACAAACAGGAUGUUACCCGAAUUGAAAAUGGAAAGACUGUUGUACUACAAGGGGAAGGGGAAGGGGACGGAGAAGCAGAUGCCCAGUCUAAAAAAAGAUGUUGUUCAUCUUAGGUUUUGAUAAUAUGUCCCCUCCUAGACUGAGUUUUUAUUAUAAUUAUUCAACCGAUCCUGAAAAUGUAACUCAGAUCGAUUUAUCGUUAAAUGUUCACUGAGAUUUUGGAGUAGAAAUUGUUAAUACGUUGGAAGGAUUACAAAUAUGAGAAGAAUUUAGUGAAA